AAAUGAUGUUCAGAAAUGGCAGAAAGCGGGAACGGGAACGGAGAUUUGACGUUUCCGACGCCGGCGAAAGGAAGACAUGGAUUGACUAAGAUCCAUACGCAUAGGAAGGGAAACGGCUCCGGCGCCGGCGGUGUUUGUCAUGAUGAUAGCGUGCCGCCGGUGAAAGCUCAGACGAUCGAUGAACUUCAUUCUCUUCAACAGAAGAGAUCUGCUCCUAAUACUCCUAUUAAGCCUGUUCAAACUGGAGCAUCGCCUCUCAAAACUGAUGAAGAACGCCAGAAACAGCAGCUACAAUCUAUCAGUGCAACAUUGGCAUCAUAUGUAAGGGAAACUGGUCCCAAGUUGGUGAAGGGGGAUCCGACAAGGCAGCCAGAGACUCCUAGGAUAUCUCACGUGCCACAACAUUUUCACGUGACUCCCACCAUCAGUAUCAGUGAUAGCUCUCUCAAAUUCACUCAUGUCCUUUACAAUCUCUCGCCAGCAGAGUUAUAUGAGCAGGCGAUAAAGUAUGAGAAAAGUUCGUUUAUAACAUCGAGUGGAGCUUUGGCGACUUUAUCUGGAGCUAAAACCGGAAGAUCGCCUAAGGAUAAACGUGUUGUUAGGGAUGAGACAAGUGAGAACGAUCUAUGGUGGGGAAAAGGAUCUCCCAACAUUGAAAUGGACGAGCAUACUUUCAUGGUUAACAGAGAAAGAGCUGUGGAUUACCUAAACUCCUUGGACAAGGUAUUUGUUAACGAUCAAUUCCUAAACUGGGACCCGGAGAACAGAAUCAAAGUUCGUAUCGUAUCCGCGAGGGCUUAUCAUUCACUAUUUAUGCAUAACAUGUGUAUCCGACCCACCUUUGAAGAAAUGGAGGAUUUCGGUACUCCGGACUUCACAAUAUACAAUGCUGGGCAGUUUCCUUGUAACCGUUAUACACAUUACAUGACAUCAUCUACUAGCAUAGAUAUUAAUCUCGGUAGAAGAGAAAUGGUAAUCCUCGGCACUCAAUACGCCGGGGAAAUGAAGAAAGGUCUAUUCAGUGUCAUGCACUAUCUCAUGCCUAAGCGUCAAAUUUUAUCCUUACAUUCGGGUUGCAAUAUGGGCAAGGAUGGAGAUGUCGCCCUCUUCUUUGGACUGUCAGGUACUGGAAAGACUACACUCUCUACUGAUCAUAAUAGAUAUCUUAUCGGAGAUGAUGAACAUUGUUGGAGCGACAAUGGUGUGUCGAAUAUUGAAGGUGGUUGUUAUGCUAAGUGUGUUGAUCUCUCGGGGGAGAAGGAACCCGAUAUUUGGAACGCUAUCAAGUUUGGAACCGUGUUGGAAAAUGUGGUGUUUGAAGAGCACAUUCGAGAGGUGGAUUACUCUGACAAAUCGGUGACAGAGAACACCCGAGCAGCUUACCCGAUCGAGUUCAUCCCGAACGCAAAGAUACCGUGCGUGGGACCGCACCCGAAGAAUGUAAUACUGUUAGCUUGUGAUGCAUUCGGGGUCCUUCCACCUGUCAGCAAGCUAACCUUAGCUCAGACCAUGUACCAUUUUAUCAGUGGCUAUACUGCCUUGGUGGCUGGUACAGAAGAUGGAAUCAAGGAGCCACAGGCAACUUUCUCAGCAUGCUUUGGAGCUGCAUUUAUUAUGAUGCAUCCAACUAAAUAUGCAGCCAUGCUUGCUACUAAAAUGAAGCAACAUGGUGCCACUGGCUGGCUAGUCAACACUGGAUGGUCUGCUGGAAGGUAUGGCUCGGGGAGUCGAAUCAAGCUGGCAUAUACCCGGAAAAUUAUUGACGCCAUUCACUCUGGAAGCCUUCUUGAGGCGAAUUAUAAGAAAACUGAAGUGUUUGGUCUGGAGAUUCCAACAGAGGUUGAAGGUGUUCCCUCGGAGAUUCUUGAUCCGAUUAACACUUGGGUAGACAAGAAGGCAUACAAUGAAACAUUGUUGAAGCUGGCUGGUCUGUUUAAGAACAAUUUUAGUGUGUUUACUGAUCACAAGAUUGGUAAGGAUGAGAAACUGACUGAAGAGAUACUUGCUGCUGGUCCUAAUUUCUGAUGGCAAUAUAUAAUAUAUUAUGUAUUUGGGGAGAUAAAUAAGUUUCUUUUAAGUCUGUUUUAAUUAAAUAUGGGAUGAUGGAUGUUAUGGUUGGUGUCUCUUAAUCUGUUAUUGAUAUGUAUUUUCUUUUGUAUUAAGCUUGUCAAAUUCUUAUUUAUCAUAAUCCCAACUAGUUUCAGUUGGCAAAGUAUUG